UUAACCCGGUGCUUUAGCCACAACCAUCUCUUACCAUGUCUUUAGCGGAUGAAUUGCUCGCUGAUUUGGAAGAAAACGACGAUGGGGAACUGGAAGCUGCUAUUGAAAACAAAACAUCUAAAGAUGCCGAACACGAAUUCGCCGUACCCCAUCCUGUUAUUCCUAUGGAGGAAGACAUUAAAAGUGUCACUAUAAGAGAAUUAGCGAAAUUGAGGCACUCGGACCGCCUUCAGAGGGUCAUAGCAGAAAUUCAGCAGAAUGUUGGCAACAAUCGUAAAAAGAUUGAGGUGACAGGACUCAUGGAAUCUGACCCCGAAUACCAACUGAUCGUGGAAGCUAACAACAUAGCUGUGGAAAUUGAUGGGGAAAUUGCUAUUAUCCACAGAUUUGUCCGAGACAAGUACCAGAAACGUUUCCCGGAGCUGGAUUCCUUGAUUGUGACACCGCUGGAGUAUAUCCAUACUGUGAAAGAACUUGGCAAUGACCUGGAUAAAGCCAAGAAUAAUGAAACUCUGCAGAGUUUUUUGACACAAGCCACCAUUAUGAUUGUGUCUGUGACAGCUUCUACUACACAAGGGAAAAUCUUGACAGAAAAUGAACUAGCUGAAAUUUACGAAGCUUGUGACAUGGCCAGUGAUUUAAAUAAUUUCAAAUCAAGCAUCUACGAGUAUGUGGAAAGUAGAAUGACGUUUAUUGCGCCCAACAUAACAGCUAUUUUGGGUGCAUCGACAGCUGCAAAGAUCCUCGGUGUGGCGGGUGGUCUGUCCAAGUUAUCCAAAAUGCCAGCCUGCAAUGUACUGCCCCUAGGUCAGCAGAGGAAGACUUUAUCUGGGUUCUCACAGGCUGCAUCUCUGCCUCACACUGGUUUCAUCUAUUUCUCACAGAUUGUUCAGGACACUACCCCUGAACUGCGUUACAAGGCGGCUAAGCUAGUGUCCACGAAGCUGAUAUUGGCGGCGCGUGUCGAUGCCUGCCACGAGAGUACAGACGGACACAUCGGUCGGCAGCUUAGGGAAGGCAUUGAGAAGAAACUGGACAAAUUACAGGAACCACCUCCAGUAAAGUUCCUGAAGCCUCUACCCAAGCCUAUCGAGCAGAGCAGAAAGAAGCGCGGCGGCAAACGAGUUCGAAAAAUGAAGGAACGCUACGCCAUGACCGAGUUCCGCAAAAACGCCAACCGACUCAACUUCGCUGACAUCGAAGACGAUGCCUACCAAGAAGACUUAGGCUACACGCGCGGCACAAUCGGCAAGUCCAGCACCGGCCGAGUCCGUCUUCCUCAAGUAGACGAGAAGACCAAAGUGCGGAUCAGCAAGACGCUGCAAAGGAAUCUGCAGAAACAGAACCAGCAGUAUGGAGGAGCGACGAGUAUUAGAAGACAGGUGUCGGGUACUGCGUCGUCGGUCGCGUUCACACCUUUGCAGGGUUUGGAAAUCGUGAAUCCUCAAGCAGCAGAGACGCGUGUGAACGAAGCGAACGCCAAAUACUUCUCGAACACAUCGGGAUUCUUAUCGGUAGGAAAGAGGACAACGUGAGUUAUGUCAAUUUGAUCUCAAUGUGCUUUGCUAUUAGGGUGAAAAUGGAAUACGCUCCUGGUCGAUGUACAAACUUGUCAUGAAUAAAAGUAUUUGGUAAGUUUA